AUGGCGUUGACCGAUGUCCCUCUCAGUCUCUCCCCCUCCUCUCCCCACCGCGCCACCCACCACGUGCGUCUCCCAACUACGCAGCCGGCGCCGCUGCCGCCGCCCUCCUGCGCUGCUGCGAAGGAGGCAACCACCGCCGCCCACUUGCGCAGCUCAACAACCGCCGACCCACCUCGCCCACCGCGGCCCACAGCUGGACCACCUCCUCCCCGAGGAGACCAGGAACUCCGCCUCGCCGAGAGCUACGCCAUCCUCGAGCCGCGCUUGCUGGGGAGCCGUGGAUCGACGGGAUCGCUCCCAUCUCCUCCCACUCGCGCCUCUCCUGUCUUCCCCGGUCCGUUCAAAAGAAUUAGGGUGCCCCGCCGGUGUAGUGGUCCGCCGCUCGCUGCCGCUAGAGGUCCGCCGCUCGCCACCUCCCCCCCUCUCGAUUGCUUGCUAUGCAGCCUGGGCGUCGUGGUCCACCGCUCGCCACCGCUGGAUGGCUGGAGGUCGUCGGCACCCAAGUACCGCCCACGCUCUGGCGCUUGCACGCCGCCGGCCCUGCCCCAUCCCACCCUCCGCCACCACCUUCCCCACCCCGAGCUCGGAUUUACGACGCCCACUGCCUUCCAGUUCGAGCUCUGCCUCGACCUCAUCCCUGUUGUCGCCGUCUUCCCUGAACCAAGGAAGCCCUCAUCUGAUACGCUCUCAUCCGCGACGUGCUUCUCCAACCAUUGUCAGUAUGUACUGAGUAUAUCCACACUACAGGUUUCUGUAGUUCAAGAUCAAAGGCAAAAAUCAGCCAAAUAUGAUGAUGAGAACAAGGCUAAUGAUGGAGAACCUUCAUCUAUAGAAGCUGAGCAGUCUAUUGGGAAUACUAAGUUUCAAUGCGCAUCCUAA